GCAUGUACGAUGCUCGACAAUGUCCUUCAAUCUGUUGAGGAGUCGAAACCCUCCUGGAGUGGCUGGGCUUAGUCUCUCAAUGCGACAUGGCAGCUCCGUCCUUUCGAUCCGUCGAGCUAGCCCCUUCUCGUUAUGUGCGUGUACGCGGUUGCUUUCAUCGAGAGCGACAUCUCGGAGGUACCUGAGCAGCGAGGCGACGAAUAAUUCUCCUACAAGUUCGGACAGCCCCAAACCCUUGGCCUCCAUCGACGACAUCCGCCUGAAAACCGAGUUCGAGGAGAAUAAAGACAUCCGAGAUUAUCUGCGCAAAUGGCAGGACACACACUCGAAUGCGCUGGAUCCGGUCCGGGGUCCGCAAACCUCGAAUGCCGGCGAGGUGUCCUCUCCUUGGAUUGGCAAUAUGAUGAAUGAUCAAAAGGGAUCCGACGAUAUGGAUGGUGAUGCGCUGCAAGCAGCCGACGAGGACGCCUUGGAAUUCGACAAUCUUGCUGAUGAGGGAGAUGGCGUGGGGGACUUCCUGGAACCGGGAGAUUUGGUGGCUUUAUCACUUCCCGACGGUAUGCUGAGUUUCGCCGUCUAUGUCCGAUCAAUGUUCAAGCAGCAGCAGUUUUAUACGCUCCGGGGCAAAUGGCGCGUUGCUGACGACCGUGAUAUUGAAUAUGUGAUAAAGGGGUUUGCCCCCCGGGAGUUGGUGACUCCGUUGUAUCCGCAUUUCCCUGACAACAUUGCACAAUUGAGUCGACACCUGCAAUCCACCAUCGAGGGCGGCGUGCCGAGACCCGUUGGGGCACCGCUAUUGCGGAUGGUCAAUGCAUUUGAUGAGCAGGUUCAGGAAGUCUUCCAGACCUAUUCGAAUCAGUUGGUCAACAUGCAUGAUACCGUGGCGGAUGAGAACGAUAAAAUGGAGUUCACUCUCGAGGAGCUGGCGUGCAGGGCAUUGGGUGUCGAGAAGGACCAGUUGACUGAUGCAACACUUUGUGCUGUUCAUCGGGUCGCUUGUCGAAAUCAAUUCAUAAUCGCGCAGGAUCGGAGCUCGCUGUUCUCAGACCAUUACUUGGUUCAGCCGAAGCGCGUUGCUCAAACCCUAGAAACUGUGACUGCUUGGGUGCGUGCCCAUCAAGAGUACCUUAUUAGGCUUAGAUCCAACAAGGCUCUUGCGGUUCCGAUAGAAGCCCCAAUGCUGCAGUUUAUUCAGAAGGCCCAGCGUCUCAUACGUCUCAGCAGGAAAGUGCGCUCACCAACGAUAAUGGGCUCCGUUGGUCCAACGGCAACUCGAUUCCAGCCUGGCGAGGAGGGGAAACCGAUGGCCUUCCGCCAAGUGUCGACCGAGCAGUUCAAUUCCAAUGAUCGUAUCAUUAUUGAAUUCCUCCAGUUAUGGGCCCUUCCAACAGGACAAAUGAACUCUGGAGUUUUGCGAUCUACUGGGUCACAUAUCAUGCGUUCCACGGGGAUGUAUGAUGGUCUAGAUCUAACGGCAGCAACUGCUCCGCUAUUCCUGCAAGAAAUAGGAGCGAUAGCCCCAUGGGAGAACCUUCGACUACUGGAUCAAAGUGUAGCUCUGCCCGGCCAUGGAAUUUCGCCGAGCUCUGAUGCGGCUUGGGCAGAUGUUCAAGAAGCUUGCAAAAAGUUGAAGUCUGAUGGUGUCGAAGACACCAUGCAGAAUGCGAGAACCGAUUGGGGGGACUUGCCAGUGUACUGUAUAGAUAACCCGGACGCCCAGGAGAUCGACGACGGUGUUUCUCUGGAGCGCAUUCCGGGUUCUGAUGAUACCUUCUGGAUUCGUACCCAUAUCGCAAACCCGUCGGCGUUCAUUGACUCGAAUCACAGCAUCAUGGAAUACGCGGCAUCUCGUGUUCAGACCCUUUAUACCCCCGAACGAACCUAUCCAAUGCUGCCCGAGUCACUCACUCGGGCGCACUUUAGUUUGGCUCCUAACCGUCCGGCCCUCACCUUCAGCGCCAAAAUGAACCUCAAGGGCGAGGUUCUGGAAACAGAUGUUUCCAAUGGUACAGUCAGAAAUGUCAUAUAUAUCACGCACCACAAACUAAGGGACUUGUUCGAGCCUGAUGGAAAGGGCCAUGUUCGGACAUUGGAAGUCGGAGGCGGAUUCCAAAACGAGCCCCCCCGCAAGAAUAUGCGAGAAACUCUUUCCCCCGAGGACGAGGAUAAUUUCCAUACUUUAAGGAACCUGAUGCUCGCUUUUCGGGAACACAGGCGCAAGAACGGCGCCAUGGAGUGGCCCACCCCGAUUGACACCCCGGUCUCAAUGACUGCAGGCUUGAAACCGUUGGCACCAUAUAAUAUGCGUGUGAAUGAGGGUCACUAUACCUUGGGUGACCCUGUCAUUCGUCUGCAUCAACGAGACGUGGAUCCCCACGAAGUCCCGGAUCUCUCAAAGCGUGACUUGGUCUCUUUGUUAAUGAAUCUGGCCUGCUGGGUCUCUGCCACAUGGUGUGCCGAGCGCAACAUCCCGGUCAUCUACGAUGGGACACACUACCACCCCGAAUAUCCCCAUCUAACGAAUAACAACAUCAAUAAAUUUGGUGGACAGAGCUGGUUUCAAUUGGCUGCACCCAAGGGAAUGUCCUCGUCUUCGCCAUCUCACCACGUCCCCCUAGGGCUGGACGCCUAUGUCAAAUCAACUAGCCCGCUCCGACGAUACACCGACUUGUUAGCCCACUAUCAGAUAGAAGCUGCACUGCGGUUUGAGAAUAAGCACGGUCGUCGCUUCGAUGCCACGGCAGAUGAGUCUAUCCUCCCAUUUUCCCGGGAAUACGUGGAUAAUUACAUCGACCGUUCCCGCUGGAAGCGUAACCGCCUCCGGAACAUUGACCGGGGAUCCAAGCAGUUCUGGGGCUGCAUGCUGCUCUUCCGGGCCUUCUAUUUCGUGGAGUGCAAGCUGCCCGAGAGCUUCAAGUGUUUGGUUCACAAGCCUUUCACUGCCAACCCAACUGUAGGACCGCAAUCUGGACAGGUGUUCGCGGGCGUAAUCACAUCUCUCGGGCUCCGCUGUCAGAUCCUUGCGCCAGCCGAGCUCGCCGAUAUCGACAUCCUCAGCGUGGUGGAAGCCAAGAUUAUCCAGGUCGAUCUAUCCCGUCUGCUCGUGAUCAUGGAAGCUACGCGGGUGGUCAAACCGUUCGAACGAGUCGGCGAAUGGCGCUGAGCGUAUAUAUUUUUUUUCUUUCGAUGGACCCGGCAUCCCUCACAUGCUAUGAUUGUCAAUUCCGGUCGGGCGUUAUGGCUGCAUCAACCCUUCGCAGCAGGGGCUUGCCAACCUCUCCUUGAGGACACAAAAUAAGCAUCAACCAGGCGUUAAAUACGAACCCUCUCAUGUACCAUAUCCACUCUGGUUAGUUUCAUGUACUAUAGAUUUCUUAUUUCCAUCGACUC